UUUCCAUACAUAAUUUGAUCAUUCUUCUUCCUCUACAAACACACUCCUGAAAGUUUCGAGCUGCUUCAACACUGUAAAACAUAAAACUAAUGACACAUUGUAUUUGACAAUGGACAACAACAUGAGCUUCGAUUCAGAUUUUUCAUUCCUCGAUUCGAUUCGACGACACCUUCUCGAUGAUCACGCAGCAGCAGACACGAAUCCUAGCAACUCACCUGCAAUAUAUUGCCGCAGUGAUCCCUCCAGCACCGAUAACAAUAACUCGAGAGAGUUAGAGUUGAAGUUAAACGACAAUGAUUCUCAAAACAUGGUGCUCAAUGACAUGCUCAAUGACGCAGUCAACAUUGGGAGCAUGUCGUCAAUGCAAGAACCGAUUUGUGAUGUCAAGUGCGAAGCUGAUCAAAAUUAUAUUAAUCAGGCAGCGGUGGAGGUGGCGGCGCAGCCGUAUAUGAGAAAGUACAGAGGCGUGAGACAAAGGCCUUGGGGGAGGUUCGCGGCGGAGAUUAGGGAUCCGGCGAAGAAUGGAACUAGGGUGUGGCUAGGAACGUAUGGGAGCGCGGAGGAUGCUGCUUUGGCUUAUGACAAGGCAGCAUUUCGCAUGCGCGGAGCACGGGCAAUAUUGAAUUUCCCGCUUCUGGUGAACUCCGGUUUGCCCGAACCGGUGAAAGUUGUAGAUAAGAGGUAUUCGGAGUCGUCUGAGUGUUCGUGGGAGGAGAAUGUGUCGCCUAAGAAGAGGAAGAGAGUGGUGAGAUGAUAAUUAGUAACUGUAUUUGUAUUUCGAGUGUUGUGAAACAUCUGAGUAAAUUAAAAAAAUCAGAUUUACAAAUAAAUAAAAUGGAUUAGUUUUUAUAUAAGUUGGUUACUUCUACUUGUUGGUGUGGAUUUUAGAGCUGUAUUAUGUAUUUUUAUAUUUUAGGUGCAUCCAAAAUUUUAAUGAAACAAAAAGCAUAUUAUUAAUCA